AUGACAGCGCAGCAGCAGCCACCGUCGCAGCCUCCCCCAGUAGUCCACGUGGCAUUCGCCCGGGCCGCCUAUCGCCCGGGCGAAACCGUCAUCGCGACGAUCGACAUCGACAAUUUCGCUCCGUCGCCGUCGCCGCUCUCCGCCGCCGCCGCCUCCGCCGGCAUCGCAUUGCCGUCCUGGGCGAUCCCGCAGCGUGCGCCGAGGCGCGACGGCAUGAGCAGCAGCAGCAGCAGCGCGAUGGGCGGCAGAGUGGGAUCCGCGCCGUCGCUGACGAAAAACGCGUCGUUUAGCGGCGCGGGUGGGGGGCGGGCGAGCGAGGGCGAGUUCGGCACUGUAGGGGGUGUGCUUAUAGAGAAUCUGGUGGUGGAUCUUAAAGGCGUGGAGCGGCUCGACCCGUCGUGGAUCGUCCUGCCGAAAUCCAGCAGCGGCGCGCAGAGCAAAGGCGAGAGGGCGAUUCUAGAGAUGCAGCAUGUCACGCCUCCGGGCAGUGUAUCCGUUUCCAACCAUGCCAUCUCCAAUCGCCUCCUCUUUCCCAAUGCCUUGCCCCAUGCCAUGCACUGCCCUUGCCCCACGCCUUGCCCUGCCUGCAUGCCUCCUACCGAAACACGCCCAGCAGGCGAGAGGGUGAUUCUGGAGUCACAGCUCACAUCACUUGUCACCAACGUGGCCAUCCAACCCGGCACCAGCAAGACCUGUACGCCCCCCCUUCCCUUCCCCCUUUGCCUCCGAGCGCAGCUGCCGCGGGUGCUGCCCCCUUCCUACCGGGGCACAGCCGUGCGUUUUCACUACCAGCUCACUCUAGGGGGGGAAGUGGGGGGAGGAGGGGCGGGGAAGGGUGAGGUGAGCAGGGGGCAAGGGGGCAGCGCGAAUACCACUCCGUUGAAGGGGAGAAGGGGAGCGGAGGAGGGGAGAGGGGGAGCAACGGCUGGUUUGGGGAAGGGGAAAGGGGGGAAGGGCGGACAGGGUGGUGCCACGUCUGUUGUGGAGGUGCGAGUGCCGCUGCGCAUCUGGACGCUGCCCAACCUGAGUGGGCUCACAGUGGAGGAACUGGACUCAGACGAUCACUACGGCGUGGGAGGCAUAGUGCCGACAGCGCCAGUAGAGGUGGAUAUUCAGUGGAGGGAGAGGAAGUCCCGGGCGGCACUCAUGGGAGCCUACUACAUCAAGGCAGCAAUGCAACAGUUCCCCUGCCUUGCAUUUUCCCCCUCAGACGUGGACAACGGGUCAAGUCGACCCGACACGACACGACCCUUCUUCCCCACACCACACCUCUCUUGUCUCCUCCCUUUGCCCAUAUUUCCCCGUUUAGCCUUCCUCCCCACCUCAAGGCCACCUUCCUCUCUUUCUCCUUCCCCGCACAUCCCCAUUGUGGCCUCUUUGCAUGCCCCCCCACCACCGCCAGAACCACCAGCAGCAGAGGAGGACGAGGAGGACGCAACCGCUGCAGCUGCCGCUGCUGAGAGCACCGGGGCAGUGGGAGGGGCGGCAGGGCGGCACACAGGCAGCCCUGUGGCGGCCACCGCUACAGUCACAGAGGUCGGAGAGGGGGAGGUGGUAUCUGGUGCAGGCUCAGCUAGCCUGGGCGAGGGCGCACUCGCAGCAGGAACCAGCUCUGACACUGCUGCUGGCGGUGCUGUUGGGUCUGAUGGGCUGCAGAGCCCGCACCUGACCCGCCUGUGGUCCGCCCCGCUGCCCACAGAGGAGGGUAGUCUUGCUGGGGGGACCCAGCAGGCGGGGUCCAACGAGCCCAUCGGGCGGUCCAAGUCCAUGACCGCCGGCAAGCAGUUCUCAGAGAAUGGCGGAGGUGGAGGCAGCUCUGAGUCCCUCUCCUCCUCCGCUGCUGCUGAUGCCCGGGGGGGAGGGGGAGGGGGAGCGGGAGGGGCGGGGGGAGGGGCGGGCGGAGGGGCAUGGGCGCGGUCGUCGUCGCUGCUGGAUUUGGAGCCGGACAGCCCCACGCUGUCUGAGCUGGGAGGGCAGGCGGGCGGGGGGUUGCUGUUUGGCGCGUAUGGGGGCGCGGGGAACGGGUAUGAGGGGGAGAGGGGGGGCGACGGGGGGGAGGGGAGGGGCGCUCCUAUUACGCUGUGCUUAUGCCACCUCUUCCACCAUCUCCUCCUCACUUCGAGCGAGGUGACUUCUGAGUCGCCUUUUGGGGCCAGGGGGCCAGGGGUGAGAGGGCGAACAUACAACAUCCGCAUAGACGACCAUGUGCUCGUGCGCUUCACUCCCAGGAACCCGCAGCCGGUCUACUACCUGGGAGACGUGGUGAGCGAGGGUGGGUGGGAGGGGCUGUGUGUGAGGUGCGUUGUGUCCUGCACUCUCUCCUUCCCCAUCGAAUUCGGCCCGCGCGCAUGUCUUGAGGUGUCUGGCACUCUCUCCUUCCCUAUUGAGGACGCCCCACGCACAUGUCUCGAGGUUUGCCCUUCCCUGUGUUCCAUCCCUCCCGCUCGCCUCCUCUCCCUCUCACCUCCUCGCCCCCACCAGGUGUCAGUGCUAUUGGAGAUGCAUGAGGUGUCAGUUCUACUGGAAAUGCAUGAGGUGAUCAACCCCCGCGCCCUGCACACGUCCAGGAGAGUUGCUGCUGCUGCUUCUGCCGCCAAGACCCCCCUGCACUUACCAGUAUUGCAGAUGGAGCAUCACGAGGUGACAGCGGAUCUGCUCCACACGCACUUCAUCUUCACCAUCCCCUCCGACGCCGCCGCCUCCUUCGCCACGCCCAUCAUCUCACUGCAGUGGAUUCUUCGGUUUGAGUUCUGUGCGUCCACCAGGCGACCAGCACCACCCGGCAACACCCCUGGCAGCGCGGGCAAGGGCAGGCAGCAGCAGCAACAACCCCCACGGCAGCAGAUGCAUGAGAGGCCGCAUGCGCUAGCCAUGGGGGCGGAGACGGAGAGGGGCGAGUGGUCCAUGCCCAUCACCGUGCACGCCCCGCUGCCCAAAGUAACACGUGAGUGA